UUGCAGAUGUCGAAAAAUCUCAAUACCAUGUCAUCAGCACAUCGUGAUUACGGUGCCACUUCCAGUACAUCGGCAAAUAUAAUGGCUGGUGGUGGUGGCGCGGCAGCAGCAUCAAUUCCCGAUGUUAAUUUUUCGGGAUUCAGUCCCACGGAAUUUAUGUCACUCAGCGAAGAUAUUGCUCACAAUAUACAGGCCAUUAAUUCAUCAUACAAGCAAUUGGAUAAGAUAUUACAAAUCAUUGGUACACCGCGAGAUCAACAGUCUACACGGGAUAAGGCCCAUGACAUACACACCAAAGUAAAUCCUCGCAUUGAGGCCACCAGUGUUGAUUUGCAGCGACUAACCUCCAUUGUGCGUCGCGGUGACAAACAACAAAAAUUACAGCUGGAAAAAUUGACCAAUGAUUUCUGUACAGUGGUUGAGAAAUAUUCUGCCGUGCAGAAACGCAUUGCCACGGCCAUGCGUCAAACCUAUACACAGACCCAGUUGGCCCAUAUGCACGAUCAAAUGCAAUCCGAACAACAGCAGCAUGAUUCCGACAGGCAGGUAUUGUUGCAGCGACAAAUGCAAAUGGAACAGCAGCAAAUGCAAUUCGAACACGACAUGAUGGUCGAUCGUGAAAGACAAAUUAAACAAAUAGAGGCUGAUAUUUUAGAUGUUAAUUCGAUAAUGCGUACCAUAAAUACUUUGGUGCAGGCACAGGGUGAAGAUGUGGAACGUAUUGAGACUUCCGUUGAAUAUACCGCCAAUGAAGUUGAACUCGGUCGUGAGGAAUUGGCCAAAGCUGCUAGCCACCGUCAAAGUUACAGACGUAAAAUUUUAAUACUUUUAGCAAUUGCUGUGAUAAUAGGCUUAAUAGUGACUGGUAUUAUUGUCAGCAAACUAACAAGUUAAAUUUUGUUUAUCGAUAUAUC